CGUCAAUCAAGGCGAAGUCUCCUCCCCUUUCAGCAGGGUCGGGUGCGCGCGGAGCAAGCCCACCCCGAACACCUCCAGCUGCCCAAACAGAAGACGCAGGAGGAGUAGAGGGCUCGGACAUGGGGAGAAAUCAGCACUGGCCCGUCUGAUAGAGAUCGGUGUUUUUUAUUUAUUAGGGGGAAAAAAAAAAACCGAGAGGCCUUAGAAAAAAAAAUAAUAAUAAAAAGGAGAGAAAACCCAUCCCUGGCACAAAGCUGGACAUAAAUCAAUGGACUGAAUGAAGACUGCCUAUACCGCCUAUCGAUGCCUGGCCAAGGAUUUGGAUGCGUACGCCAUGAACCCAGAGAUGACAAUGGACAUUGGCAACCUACACGCUGGACUAAGCCAUGAGCAGGACUUGAUGAGCAGCCACAGCCCCCAUCACAACCGCAACCCGGGGGCUUCGUUACGGAUACACCAGGAUCUGAGCGUGGCGCCGUCGCGCUCCGCGAUGGUGUCCAGUAUGGCAUCGAUUCUGGACGGCGGCGGUGGCGGCGGCGGCGGCGCGGGAGGAGAGUACCGUCCGGAGCUGUCUCUGCCGCUCCAUCACGCCAUGAGCAUGCCGUGCGACACCUCCCCGCCCGGGAUGAGCGGCACCUACACCACGCUCACCCCGCUGCAGCCCCUGCCGCCCAUCUCCACCGUGUCCGACAAAUUCCACCAUCCGCACCACCACCACCAUCACCACCACCACCAGCGUCUCUCUGGGAACGUGAGCGGCAGCUUCACUCUCAUGCGGGACGAGAGGACUCUACCAGCCAUGAACAACCUCUACAGCCCCUACCACAAAGACAUGAGCGGGAUGGGGCAGAGUUUGUCCCCUCUGGGCAACGGCCUGGGCUCCAUCCACAACGCGCAGCCCGCGCUCCACAACUACGGCGCGCACGGCCACGACAAGAUGCUGAGCUCCAACUUUGACGCGCACACUGCCAUGCUGGCCAGAGGGGACCAGCACCUCUCCAGAGGCCUCGGUGGCCCCGCGGCGGGGAUGAUGCCGCAUCUCAACGGGAUGCACGGGUGCCACCCUCAAUCCCACGGGCCCGUGUUGGCUUCCAACCGGGACAGACCGCUCUCCUCCUCCUCCUCCUCCGGAGCGCCGGGCUCGGGCUCGGGUCAGCUGGAAGAGAUCAACACGAAGGAAGUGGCGCAGCGAAUCACGGCCGAGCUCAAGCGCUACAGCAUCCCGCAAGCCAUCUUCGCGCAGCGGGUGCUGUGCCGCUCGCAGGGCACCCUGUCCGACCUGCUGCGGAACCCCAAACCCUGGAGUAAACUCAAGUCCGGCCGCGAGACGUUCCGCCGCAUGUGGAAGUGGUUACAGGAGCCCGAGUUUCAGAGGAUGUCGGCCCUUCGGCUUGCAGCGUGCAAAAGAAAAGAGCAGGACCCGAGCAAAGACAGGAGCAAUACACCAAAGAAAUCGCGGCUGGUUUUCACGGACCUGCAGCGAAGAACACUUCUGGCCAUCUUUAAAGAGAACAAGCGUCCAUCCAAAGAAAUGCAGCUGACCAUCUCGCAGCAGCUGGGACUGGAACUGAACACUGUAAGCAACUUCUUCAUGAACGCCCGGAGACGCAGCCUGGACAAAUGGCUGGACGAGGGAAGUCCGGGCAACACAUCGUCCACCUCCAGCACUUGUACCAAAGCGUGAUCCCGGAGGGAGGGAGGGAGGGAGGGGGGUGGGAACGCGGGACGAUGGAUGAGGGUUCCUGCACCGGGGAGGGUGCAAACUUUUUAAGAGGAGAAAAUCGUUCCGAGGGGCAAUGAAGGGAGAGGGACUGCUUACCGGCUCACUGCUUACAGCCAGAGAAACACACAAAUCCAAAGAGCGAAACGUCAGGAAAAAACACUGCUUGCUUUCUCUUCUCCGGUCCGAAGCGAGAAUCAUCCAUCAGGAAUGAAAAAUUAAAGCAAAUCCAAAACAUUGUUAACUUUCCAUUUGGCUUUGAACUGAAGAGAAGACAAAGGGUUUGCAUCAUUUCCCAUCUGCAUUCACUCUAAAUUAGCUUUGAUUUUCAUUUCCUGGAGUGUGUGUGUGUGUGUGUGUGUGUGUCGGGAUGUUUUAAACUAUAAGGGUGAAUCUCAUAAACACAAGUCAAAGUUUUAUGUAAUUAAAUGCAAAUUUUUGUCUUAUUUACCAGUACAAAUAUCUAAACAUUCUUAAAUCAAGAUAAAACAAAACAAAAUUCAGUCAGAAAAAUAAAUGUAAUUUGAAGAAUAUAACAUUAUAAUGAUAAAAGAUUGAUUUUUUUUUUGUGAGAUUCACCCUUAACAGCACAGGUUUAAGUUGGUAUUGGGUUUUUCUAACACACUGAACCUGGUUUCACCUAGAAAAACACCUGUCAGAAGCACAAAGCACAACAAACAUGAAGGACACACAGAUCUCUCACACCGUUAUUGGCCGGCCGGGUUUGUGAGCACAAUCCUGAAGCACAUUAAAUUUGCAAUAGAACAGGGGCUGGACCACACCGAUUGUUCUUCUUUGGUUUAAAAAUAACUCAGGAUGAUACAGCCGAAGAAUGAGCUUCUGUCUCUCAAACACACUUAAUGAAAUGACAAACACACACACACACAUCAGCUUCAUGUUAUCACGACUGUAACCGUAUUAUGCUUAGAAACCAAACUGGCAUUGGUGAUCAGGGCCUUUACAAGAGUUUAAGAGGACAAUCUCCACACCAACGCCGACCAGUUUAGCUUUCCAAAGGUUCUGUCCGUUUCUCUUCUCUUUCUCUCUCUCUCAAAGCCUCUUCACUUUACUGAGCUCUUUCAUAUACUCAUCUCAAAUUCCAUCACUCGUGCUCAUUUAUUAUUGAACCGAGAGCCGGUAAGCAGUUCUCUCCUGGGUUACGCUUAAGGGCCUCUUCGGAUCGCUCAAAACGGACACUAAAGACUUUUUCUAUUUAUUGACAAAUCGACACCAAAGAAACUUUUUCUGCACCUAACUGUUCUGCAAACAAAGGACAACAAAGGAAAAAAAAACAACCAAAAAAAAAAAAAAACUGCAACAAAGCGAGGAACGCCGAGCCGGCGUCUUUGUUGUGUUCGGAUCGGUGGAGACAUUGGAAAACAGGAAGCAGAAUGGGAUUGGAAGGGUUUUGAUGCGACGGAGCUCUUCCCACGGCAUCGGCGGCUCCCGCAGGCAGAAUGAUGCGUCUCUCAAACGAAGUUGAAGAUUGUCUUUAAUGUGUGCCUAUGCAGUUUUUUCAACCCAAAUGGAAAGAACAACAAGAACCUCAUCAGCUACAAUACCAAAGAUUCAGAGUUACUCCCGCCGCAAUCCCAUUCCCACAAUGCAUCGGUGCGGUGUUGCCUCUCUCCAAACAUGGGACGUCUAGGAUUCGGCUCUGCUUUGGUUGUUUUCCCCGUAGCCGCAUCCGUCUCACAGCUAAAACUAAAGGUGUAACUCAGCCUGAUGGGCAUACCAAAGAUAAACACCUUUAAGCACAUGCAAUCCCAAGUAGUUUUGUUUUCACAUCCCAACGGAUCAGUAUACCAAAGAGUUGCAAAUCUUCCAGCCAUCGUUGAACACAUAUGCACGUUGUUUCCCAGCGCCGAAUCCCACGUUUCCCAUGUUUGAGAGAGCCGUUGGCGUUAUUGCAAGGCACCAAUGCAGCUGGUACAGAAUCCAUUAUAUUCCAACUGAAAAGCCAAUAAUCUGCCAAAAACGCUCACUUAAUUCUGUAGAGAGGAAACUGCAGACUGUAGGUCGAAUAGCUUUAUCCUUUAGGUUUCUCUCUUUAAAAGCUUCUAGUCCAAAGAUUCUCCAACGCCACUUGGUUGGAGCUUCAUCUGCUCUUCGCGACAGUCAGGUCUUUAGGAACAUGGGCCAAAGAGCUUUUCUUUGCUUGUCUUAGUACUUAAAUUUUGCCAAUGCCUCUGUACAAUGUCUUACCCAGGUUUUGCAAUAUGUGAUUUAUUUAUGUAAUUUAUAUUUGCUAUGAUUGAACUUAAUUUAAGUUGCCAAAACCCCUCCCCCUUUAUCCUGAUUAGCUUGCCAAAGUUUACAUUUACUUCUUUUGCAUGUUGGACACCAUCAGACUUAUUUAUUUAUGACUAAAUGUGAUAGAAGGUUGUUUUUUUCUUUUAAGCUUAAUUAUUUAAUGUUAUUUAAUUAGACGUAAUUGUUUGGAUGACUAUUAGUGCAUCAAAGAUGCAGUGCUUCUCUGUUAAUUUAUUAGUUAGCUUUACUUUAAAAAGCAAGAUGAAGGGUGUAUUUAAUUUUUCUUAGAAAGAAUAAUUCUGGAAACGUGUUAGCGAUCAGGUUUUAGUUGCAAUUCACAUCUUUGUAUGUUUGUAUGUAUGUCAAGAUUUUAUGUAAAUCGUUUAGGUCCUUUUGUUGAUUUUCUUUCGAAUGAAAACAAUCUCGAUGUUAGCGUUCUGUCGACGGACGAGCGCCGAAUUUCAAGCCUGAUGUUUUCGAGAUCGUAUACGGGGCCACACGUUAACGGAGAUCAACGCAGGACUCACCAAAGAUAAAACCCACAGACGCUGAGAGGCCGUUUAUUCAUUGCUUCACUCGUAGAAGGACAUAGAGGAAAAAUCCCUUAAAAACUAGAAAAAGCUGCUUCCAAGACUGACUUGUGUGUGUGUAUAAAAGUCUUUCUAUCUCUAUAGUGAGAACCACAGAGGCUACCUCACUGAAUUUUCCAUUUGUAAUUUUAAUCGUGUUGAUGAAACCAAAGAUACCAAAGAUUUCUUUUUCUCGAGGACGGUCUGCGCUUGACGCCAUGCUUGGGAUAUUUUGAUAACGCCACUCUCUCUCCUUCCGCUCUUUUUUCUCUUCUUCCUCUUUCAGACACGAGUUCCUCCUUCUCCUCGGAAAAAUAAGUGCAAUGGAGCGGAUGGGACUCGAAGUCGAGCUGUAGUUUUUAGCGCUGUGCGGUUCUGAUCGCCCGUUACCGGUCAGAAUGUAAAAGACCUCGAUGCAAAAACCAAAUACUCCAAAAACUAAGAUCUGUUUGGCACAGAAACAUUAACAUCAUGUUUUCUAAUCAAACGCGAUCCACAUAAUGGGACAUGAUAUUGAAACUAAUGGAAAUUCGUACAUAUUUUACAAGUUGGCAAGUUUGUAUGAAUUCGUACGAAUUACCUACCGUUAACCCCGCCCCUAAACCUACCCGUCACUGGGGUUUAGACAAAUUGUAUGAAUUCCUACAAGUCAAGUGGUACGAAUUCGUAAGAAUUAGCCACCUCUAAAAUAAGUACGAAUUGGUCGUGAGAUAGCAUUGCAAUGUUCAGAUAUUCAAAAUUUUGAUGGUUUCCAUUGCAUUCCAUUUAUUUUCGAAAAACGCUGAAAAGUACAAUUUCAAAAAAAUUUCCCUCAGAAACUCUUAGCAAAUUUUGCAAAUAAUUAUAAUAAUUAUGGCAACACAUUAAAUUAAACAUGAAUUUUGAAGUCGAAAGACUGAAAUAGCUAGUAUUUUCUUGUAAAACAUAGUCCAAUAAUCUUUUACAACUGCAAUAAAAUGCCACAUUUGCAAAUAAUUAUAAUAAUUAUGGCAACACAUUGAAUUAAACAUGAAUUUUUGAAGUUGAAGGACUGAAAUAGUAUUUUAUCUUUUUACAACUUUGAAAACAUUUUUUUUUUUUUUUUACAGUGUACCUACUUGGAAAAGUGCAAUAAAAUGCCACUUCAUACUUAGAAACUUGCACAACUGCACUGCAAAAAUUAUUUUCUUCAUCAGCGUUUUUGUCUUGUUUUCUAAUACAAAUAUCAAAUUCAUAAAUCAAGAUGCAUUUACUUGAAGAAGCAAAUUACUUCAAAUAUCUGCUAAUGGCUUCAGAAAAAUAAACUGAAUGCAAAGAUUAUUUUUCUGACUCCAUUGGCAGAUAUUUGUUCUUGUUUUAAGCUUAAACUCACUUCAAAUUUCAGGAAACAAGACUUAAAAUAUAAUAAUAACGAAUGUUUAGAUAUUUAUACUGGAAAUCAAGAAAAAAAAAUAAUUUUGAUGAAACCAGUUUGGCAAACCUUAUUAUCCCACUGUUUAAGCCAGUUAAAAUAAACUUUCUCAAAGAUCUAAAUCCACUCUGUUAAAAACAACGUUGGUGUUUCUGUGCAUGACAAACUCCAAAACCAAAGACCAAAAUGAAUCAUCUCAUAUAUGGACUGAUAGGGACGACUUUUAGGGGAAACACGGCUGUCGUCGGCAGCUAAAGACACAGAUGGGAUCGUAUUGAUCCGUUCUGCUGCAGGUCGUACAUCAUUCCGUCCUGCUGGAAAAGUAACACAUUUAGGCUACUUGUGAAAAAAUAGAAUCUGUUAACAGGGACACGAGCGUCACCUAUUGAUCGGCCGGUCAUUAGGUCAAUAUUCUUAGCAGUGAUUCUGUAUUUAUGAUGUGGAAGAAAUCUGAUCCUUCUUCAGUUUGGUCUUGUUUUCCUGUGAAUAUCUAAACAAUCGUAAAUCAAGAUACUUUUAUUUGAGAAGCAAAAUUACUUGUUUUUUUUUUUAAUUAAUCGACAUGGUGAUGGACAAAAAAAAUGAGGUGGGAGAAAAAAUUAUAUUUCAAAGCUUUUGCAUUCUCUCACAAAUGUUUAGCGUUCCCCCCGAGAAACUUUGCGUUCACUCACAAAUCUUUUGGGAGAACGCAAAACUUUUGCGAGAGAAUGCGUCUAGUUUUCCCUUUAAAUUAAGUUUAUAUUUCUGACUCCAUUGGCAGAUAUUUGUCAUUUUGCUUCUCCAGUAAGUGUAGGUUAUCUUGAUUUAAGAAUGUUUAGAUAUUUGUACUGAAAAACAAGACAAAAGUACUGAAGAAGAACAUAAUUUGGUUACAAUUUAUUUUGAUGGUAAAAGGUCGAAAAUCUUUUUUGUUUGUUUGUUUUGCAGCGUGCAUUGAUUAAACCAAAACAGAUUCUCUCCAAAGUCAUAUUUCGACAUAUAGAGCGCUCUUGUUGUAAAGUAUGAGAUAUUGUUGGAUGAGUGCCUUGCUUGAACCAAAGCGAAGUUUCGACCUCUCUGUUUCUUCUUCUGUUAGUACCUCAGCGACAGGAAAAACCCGGCAAACGCGGGUGUUAUGGUGCUUUGCAAUGCAAUCCUGCAAAGAACAAAGACUAACUAUACCAAAGGCUUUCUAUACUUCUGUUCUCUCUCCUCUUUCCUCUCCUUUGAUGGUUGCAAAGCUUUAAAAAGAAAAAAGAAAAAAAAAAAAACCCAGAGCAUGUCGAGGGCGCAGACCGUGCUUUUCUUACCAAAUUUUUCUCGGAUAUACCUCAUAGAAGAUAGUGUUAGGGUAUUGUUAUUAUAGCGUAUGUAUUAAAUUAUUCACUUACUCUUAUUUUUUAGUAACUGUGACUUAAGACAAACCAAGAAAAAAAAGCUUUAUACAUCUUAAGUUGUGAUUUUUGUAAUAGCUGAGGUUCGCUUACCAAAAACACAAUGCUUGUCUUUUUCUCUCUUGUUAAUGUGACAACUUUCACAAUUUCUUUGUGGUGCAAGUUUUACGAAAUUCUGAUUUUACUUUUUUUUCUUUUAUUUUUUUUGUGAAGGGUGGCUCAUAUUCAACAACAAGGAUAUUAUUUUUGGAUUUGGAAAGGUUGGUUGCUAGAAUGAGCCUCAAGUUUACAGUUUUCAUAGGCUUCUGUUGUACAGUUCGCUUCGAUUUCAUUUACAACAUCCAUUUCUCUUUCAAUUCUUUUCUCGUUCUGUGUGGAAAUGUAGCAUUACAGCCGUCAUUCAAUGCCGUAGCCUUGAUUUAUGCAUGAGUAUCUUUAUGGUUCUAGCUAGCCUGUAAUGCAUUGUCGCUAAAUAGCUUUUAAGUUCUGGAUCCGUCUCAUUUUCAUUUUUUUUUUUUUUAAACUGAGCCUCAUUUUUUGCAUGUUGGCCUGAUC